AGGUGGAGAAAGCAUUGCAUCCAGCCUCAGCUUUGCACAAGCAGUCUCUCUUCCUACAACUCGCCUGCUGCACCUCCAGACUGUCAGUAUGCCUGACACCUCGGUUCCCGCUUGCUUCCUGUGCCUCCUCGCCUUAUCCUCAGCCUGCUACAUCCAGAACUGCCCCAGAGGAGGCAAGAGGUCCUACCCAGACACAGAAGUGCGACAGUGUAUACCAUGCGGCCCGGGGAACAGAGGCAAUUGCUUUGGACCAAACAUCUGUUGCGGAGAAGACUUUGGAUGUUAUAUUGGCACCCCAGAGACGCUGCGCUGUGUGGAAGAAAACUACAUACCCUCCCCCUGCGAGGCUGGCGGAAAGCCUUGCAGUGCCGGAGGUCGGUGUGCCGCUCCAGGAGUAUGCUGCAAUGACGACAGUUGCACAAUUGAUUCCAGCUGCUUGGAUGAAGACAGGGAGAGACAGCGAGUUUCUCCGGAUCAGAACAUGACCCAGAUGGACGGAUCAGCCAGCGACCUCCUCCUGAGACUCAUGCACAUGGCAAACAGGCAACAGCAGACGAAACACUACUGAGCCCAGCGCUGCCUCCUGUUACCUCACUUUGUAACACGUGCUUAAUAUACCUACGGUCUGCCCUUUAUUUAUGAUGAAUGUAUUGACAAAAAAAUGGCUGACAGCUUAUUGUAUAUAGAGCCAAUAAAGUCUUUUAUUGCACUGUC